AUGAACAGUUUCAAAGCAGCCAAACUUCUGGUGACUGAAGGAGCGCCUGCUGGCGUGUAUGACAACCUGGGUAACUCUGCAUUAUCACUCCUCAUUGAAAAGAUCCCCGAAGUGGCGCUAAUAGCAUUGGAUCAAUUCCACACGACAGACUACAUCAAUAGACGAGAGUUUUACUUUCUCAACUACCUCGAAGGCGCGAAACUGAAGGAAGAAUUGCAGGAAACACAAGCGCGUUCUCCCCUGGAAAUAGCUGUCCAGAAUGAAAGGUGCGAACGAGAUAUAUUUUUGUUUUGUUUAUGAGUGCAAUUUGGAAAAAUUUCACAAUUUUAUGCUUAAUUUAAAGGUUUGAUGUCAUUAUGCAUCCAGUUAUGAGAAGACUUAUAGCGGUCAAAUGGAGGAUUUAUGGGAAGAGAGGUGCGAUCAUGGACAUGGCUUUAAAUCUGAUCUAUACAAUGCUCUGGACUAUAGUAGCUGUGACAACACCGAGAUACGGGCAUGACUUAUAUCAACCCCUGAAGGAUAAUAUAUGGAGGUUUAUUAUCGCCGGUAUGAUCGUCUUGUUCACUUUGAUGGAGAUUAAAAGACAAGUUACAAGUAAGAAAAAAAUUUUGCCAACCCUACUGGGGGAUUAUAUUUUCGGGUUUGUUUUUUUAAGGUAGUAAUAUAACCACUCAGCACAGCAUUUUCACAUUGGUACUACCUACACUGGUACAGACAGUUUUAGUAUAUGGCUAGGAAACAAUGUUUCCUGGUUUGUCCACCUUCGAGAAACGCAGCUAGGAAACAAUGUUUCCUGGUUUGUCCACCUUCGAGAAACAUGGCUAGGAAACAAUGUUUCAUGGUUUGCCCGCCAAGAGGAAACGUAAUUGGGAAAUAGUGUUUCCUGGUUUGCCCUCUUUUGGCAAACAUGGCUAGGAAACAAUAUUUCAUGGUUUGCCCACCUUCGGGAAACAUGGCUAGGAAACAAUGUUUCCAGGUUUGCUCACAAUGUUUCCCUGUGAAACAUAGCCAGGAAACAAUGUUUCCUUGUGACUAUGGUUUGUCCACCUUGGAGAAACCAUAGGUCGUCUGACAUUUGUCGCGCGCCGCAAGCACACAAUGAAAAGCAUGACGCGCUUUGGCACGCGACAAAUGUCAGACGAAUGGGGCGAGCUUAUUUAUAAAUUGACAUUUGGUACAUUCUACACGUAUUUUUGGGCUCCUAUGGAGAAUCAUAGGUUUCUUGGUUUGUCCACAUUCGGGAAUCAUGGCUAGGAAACAAUGUUUUAGGGUUUGGCCACCUUCGAGAAACAUGGCUAGGAAACAAUGUUUCUUAGUUUGCCACUUUUAGGAAACAGGAAACACAACUAGGAAACAAUAUUUCCUGGUUUGUUCACCUUUAAAAAAAUGGCUAGGAAACAAUGUUUUCUCAGAAACCAAAACUAACUAAAAACCUUUUCAGAGACUGUUACCGCACGACGAGAACUGGUAAAAUGGCGCGAAUGGCGGGCUGAACAACUACACCAAGAUAAAAAAUAUUGUCAUCCAAGAUGGCGGCAAGAAGAAAACUAUCUCAACUCCGAAAUAGACGCUGUCGAAAAUCUUUCUCUGGUGUCGACAUCGGACUGGUGGAUGUAUUUUGAUUGGGCCUGUCUAUUCCUCAUUCUCGCGGCCAUUGUCACACUAACCAUAUUCUUCGUAACUGAUUAUGACCAUGGGCAUGGUUCCCCGAAGGUAAGAGAAAUUUGAUAUUUAUUAUUAUUUAAAGUUUGUUCGUUCACUGCAACCAGGUAUAUCAAUCAUGUUUCGCUCGCUAUUCUGGUUUAAAUAAAUGAUUACAAAGCCCAGCCGAAUUGUAAUCAAGACCCAACGUUUCGACACUCCAGUCUAGUGUCUUCAUCAGGGGUGAUCUAAAGAUCUACGUUCUUGCAAAGAACUGUAUUAUUAUAAAUUUCCAAACUAGCAGUAACAACUGAAUUACUUUGGAAUUACAAGGUAUAAGAACAUAGAUAUUCAAACUAUUCUAUAUUUACAGGUAAAAAUAGGUUAAUUAGAUAAAAAUUACGAUAAUAAACUAAAGUUUACUUAUUAUUAUAAGCACGAGACGCAGCAGGAAUGAAACUGUUCGAAAAACGUUCAGUUCUACACCUAGGUACUAAUAGGUUAGAAUAAGAUCUCAGAUCAUAAGUUUGAAGAUUUUUAGGCGGUACUAAGGCAUUCAGUUUGUGAGUGGGUUCCAACAUCUUCGAAAAAAGGCGCUUGCAAAGAACUGUUCUACGUUCUUGCAAAGAACUGUCCAAGUCUUAAUAAUAAAUUUAAAUAAGUUUAAUAAAGCUUAUUAUAAUAUAAUAAGCUUUCACACAAUUUCUCGUUUUCUCAAUUUCCACUCAUGUUGAUAUAACUGUUCAGUAUUUUUACACAAGUGAACAUAACAAAUCAUACACGUUCAUUGGUCAAAUUUGACGUAAUAAGCUGUUAUAUUCACCUGUAGGUGAAUAUAACAAAACAGAAAUUUUCAAAAUGGCGGCUACUCGUUUUGUGGAAGUUUACUGACAAAGAAAUAAGCGAAAUUAAAAUGAAUUCAGUCUCAAAAAACACAAAAGCUUGUGUAAAAAUACUAAAACAAUUAUUCGCCUACCUCGACUUCAUCUCGGCGAAUAUUCCCCGAUAAUCACCUCGCCUUCGGCGAAUAAUUGUUAAAUAUCAACAUGGAAAAUUAUUCAUAUUUGUUAAUUAAUGUAUGGGGAAAUAUCAGGAUUUUGCAGCCCUGCAGCCCUGCGAUUUCAGUGCAGCGCUCAAACCAACUGAGCUAUUAAGUAUUACUGGAGCUGAAAUACAAAUUGUUCUAACAAUAUUUUCGUUGUUGUUUGGUCAUUCUUGUUUUGUUGUGGUAUAUAUGCUAAAACAAUUAUUCACCUCAGUGUCGGUGGAUAGUGCAAGGAUAUUCACCCCAAUGCUUCGCGUUUCGAUGAAUAUUCUUGCACUUCACCUACAGUGAACAAGUAUAUGUAGAGCGAAUGGGCUCAUUUUUUGCAAUCUUUCAUCGCAGGGACCCAAUGGUACUCGGAAUGCGUCCACCAAUUCUGUGAAAGAAGUAGCGAAUGGGCUCAUUUUGUGCAACCUUUCAUCGCAGGGAGCCAAUGCUUCCACAAAUUCUGCGAAUGACGUCUAUCCUUCAGUUUUCUGGAAGGAGCUCAAUGUGUAUGUUACGAUUGCGAUGUUGAUCAUUCUUUGGUUCAGAAUGUUUAAAUACGCGAGGCCGUUUGAAAAUGCAGGUUUGUGAAGAGGAAAAAUCUUUUGUAUGUUGAGCCCUGAUCAAACGAAAAUGUGAGUUGAUGAGACUCGAGAGUUUGCAUGAGAGUUUUCGGGUAAUCCCAUGCCAUUUCAACACGUCCAUGCAGGCAUGACACCCACCCUCUCCAAAUGUAUUUAUAUUUUGCAGGCAGUAACAUUGUGUGGGAAUAGUUUAAGUUCAAAAUGUGAGCAUCAUAGUUUUUGAGGUAUCGCAAUUCGAAAUAUGGCCCGAAAAACAAAAAAGUGUACCACUGUACCAAGUGUACGCAGUAUCCUCAUGAGAAUGCCCAUGAGUGUAUAUGUCACUGGAUUUUGGCAUACAUAUGAGUGUGCUCAUGAGCACACUGGAUUUUGGUACAUAUAUGAGCGUGCUCUUGAGAUUAUUAAAAAAAAUUGCCUCGUAAAUUAAAUCGAAAUUUUCAUGUUUAUUAUACAGGCCCCCAUGUUGUGAUCUUCGGUAACGUCGUCGGAGACAUUCUGAAAUGGAUUGUUCUCAACGCAGCUAUAAUAAUUCCCUUUGCUUGCGCGUUCUGGAUUGCAUUUGGGAAAAAUUCGGACAACCCAGCUGAUGGCUACAAAGACGUAUCGUCCCUUGCAUACAACGUCUUCCAAAUGAUGAUUGUCGGAGACUAUGGCUUUAAAAAACUGGAGGAAGCAAAUGAAACAAUGGCGCGCAUAUUAUGUGGAAGUUUCAUCCUAACUGCUGCUAUCAUCACGCUCAACUUGCUCAUUGCUUUGGUAACGAACACGUUCGAACAGCAUUAUGAAAACGCAGUGGCGAUCGCGGUCAUGCAACGCGCGCGCACGAUAUUGCUACUUCAAUCACGAAUGGGUAACACGAAACGCAAGCUUUACUACGAUUUUAUUAGAUCGAACGCAAGCCCGCAGAUUAUUCAAAACAAAUACGGACGACUGAUGGCGAACAAGCCCGAGGACAGAGCGAAUAUUGAACGAGUUUACGACGACGUUCGGCAGAUCAAAAGCGUCCUGGCUGAACGAUUUGGGAAACGUUUCGGAAAGGGGAAAAUAUCUGAUCUCGAAAUUGUCCGCGAGGAUUUGGUGAAAGUUAAAAAGUCUGGAAAGGAGUUGGCGAACGAUAUCAAGAACUUGAAGUUAAUAUUGUACGGCAUGGGAGGACAGCCUGUGUCGCCUGUGAAGAGAUCGGUGGAGAGUAGAAACAGCAGCACGGAGCUCUUGAAAGAUAGGAAGGGGCAAGAGAACGCCAGCUUGAAUAGAGAAGGUAGCAAGAAUGAUGACAAUAACAACAACAACAACAACAACAACAGAAACAACAACGACAGCAGAAACAACAACAACAACAACAACAACAACAACAACAACAACAACAACAACAACAACAACAACAACAACAACAACAACAACAACAACAACAACAACAACGACAGCAGAAACAACAACGACAGCAGAAACAACGACAACAACAGCAACAACAACAACAACAACAACAACAACAACAAUGACAACUACAACAACAACAACGACAACAACAACGGCAAGAACAAAAAGCGACACCGCGGGCGAAGAUCUUCAAGGAAGUCUGAAACAAGUUGUACCGAGAGCUCUGAAUCUGAUGACGUAUUCGCGCCCAGUUCACCUCCAAUGCCUCGUGAUAAGCAAAAAUGGGGUCGAUGGAAAUCAAUCGGUGAAAAGCAGAAGAAAAAUGGAGGCAAGCACAGUAGACACAAACAUGAUGGUUAUGAAAAGUGGUGGAAAGGUAAGUAGAAAUGAUAGAAGCGUUUAUUAUAUAGUAGAGAGUGAGAUACUGAAAAAUACACAGUGAGAUAUUUUCCAUAUCUUCACUAGUGAAGAUAUCGAUCAUCUGACUUUUAGUAUUUAUACAAUUUUUUGCAUGGGACUAUAUAAUAAACAGAACAUUACACGUUGGCUUGAAGAUAUGACUUUUAUCUUCUCGUGUUAAAUUCUUUGGCUUGAAGAUAUGACUUUUAUCUUCUCAUAUAUUUACCACUCGAAGAUAAAAGUCAUAUCUUCGCGCCACCGUGUAAAAUAUCCUCUUUUUGCUUGAUGAUUCAUGUGCGUCUGUGUGUGUAGUUAGCACGAUAGCUUAUGAUAUACCAAACGUAUUACUACGAAAAUUUGUGGGUCUAACGGACACUGCCCAAGAACAAAUUGAGUAAAUUUUGGUUAAAUGUGGAUGAAAAAUUAUUGAGUUUCUCACUCUUUGGUGAGCAGAUUUCCCAAUUAGGCUAUUGUCAAAUUGAUAAGGGAUCCGAGGUAGCCACGAUUUAACGUCCUUAUCCGAGAAGACGCGAAAGUCUAACCAUUUCCUGAUGUCAAUGUAAAGGUAGCACUUUCUCCUCAAUUAUUUUAAGACCUUGAGUAGAGGUCCGACCAAGGAUAUCUCAGCUUGAAAGGCAAGACACCACAACUGCUGGUAGUGAAAUUAGAAAAUGUUUGCCUUUCUUUGCCGGGCAGAGUGCACGGAGUGCGUAAUUAACCCAUUGUAUAAUUUAUGCAUGACACAUAACUUAAUUUGCCGGCGGAGGUAUGCUGUCUAUUCAAGUUGAUUGAGUUAUCAACCUAUUGAUUUAUCGACUAUCGAGUUAUCAACCUAUUGAUUUAUCGACUAUCGAGUUAUCAACCUAUUGAUUUAUCGACUAUCGACUUAUCAAUCUAUCGAUUUAUCGAAUAUCGAGAUAUCAACCUAUUGAUUUAUUGACUAUCAUUUUUAGGAGAUUACGACCAGCAAUCAACAUCGGGAAGAAGCAGAAACGAUGUGUCCGUCAGAUGCUUCCAACCCAGCUCAGAACCCACAUACAUUGAACCACAAUAUCCACAGCGUCAUAUACCUAUAUACCCUUCCCAAUCCAACAUCCGACAGGCGAGUAUCCCUCAUGUUAUGUAUAAUACACCUGUUAUCCCACAAUACCGCUCGGUGACACCCAUACCCCAGCAUAGAGGUCAUCUGGCAAACGUGUUUCCAACAACCAUGGAGCAUUUCGCCCAUGAGCAUCCAAUUCCACCAGAAGAUAUCAGUCUUGCUUUUCAGCCAUUCAGGAGGAUUUCAGGGGCUUCUGCAGGUCAACGGUACACGAUGAUGCAUGUCCCAGAAGAGAUACAACAAAUUAGUGGGACAGACUCUUACUCAGGCCUCCGAAGGCGCAGUGCUUUGAUACACUCAGGAACAAUAUCUGGAAUGAUGCCUGGGCAAUCCUUGGCACAAAAUGAGGUACUAAUAGACAUAUCUAACUGAAGUAUUAAAGACUGCAUGAUUUAGACUAAGACCAGCAGUGCACUGUUUCGCUACUAUUUCGCUUAUCAUGAACUUUGAUCAGUGCGUAUUUUAAACGUUUUACAGUGGGGGACCAAAACCAAGAUGAGGGCCUAGUGUGGGCUUCCCAGUGUAAGGUUGCUUACCAUUUAAAUGGAAAUUCCGCUGAUUCCAUCGGAAAGUAAAUGGAACAAGCAUAUUUCGACUGCCCAACCGGAACUUUUCCUUUCUGUGUGAAAAGGUUGUCCUCUCUUACUGAUUGGAACGUUUCAACCGGUAAAUUUUGUUCCAUUUACAUCUUUUUAUUUUUUAACCAGUUCCAGACUCUUCUCGAUUUAACAAUUGGAAUUAUUAAAUACUUCAGUGUCUUCCGGUCAGUCACUCUAAAUGGAAAGCGCAUAAUCCGAAUGGGAUUUUCUAUCCGAAAUUUUGCUGACCAUUAGGACAAUUUCAAACCGGAUGGGUUUUCCAUGUAAACGGUAAACAACCUAAGAUGUAGGUCCCUCAGGGUAAGGCUAGCAGGGCCCAGUCUGAACCACUAAUUACAAACGUAAAAUUCUCACAACUUGUCAACAAGAUGUGUUCGCAACAGCCUUGUAGCAAGCUUGUCAACAAGUUGUAACAAUGCUGUUAUUUUAUCAAGUUGCUACAAGGUUGUCACUCACAACUUGUUGACAAAUUGUUAAAUUGCAUGACGAUAAUUAGUCGCUGAAACAACUUGUAACAAGUCUGUUGAGCUCAACAACCUUGUAGCAAGUUGUCCGCAACAAGCUGGGAACAAGCAGUGCGAACACAUCCUGUUGACAAGUUUUUGGAACAGCAUUGCUACAAGUCUGCUGCAGGUUUGUUACAGCUUGUGCGUUUUUACGUGUGUAGAUAAGCAAUAUCUGUUUUGGGGGUAAACAUUAGAUAUACUACUUUUAAACAAAAAGAAGAAAAAAAUCUGAAUAAUGCCUUCAUCUGUCAAAUAGAUAUACUAUGAAGAUGAAACGGCUUCGUCAACUCGACCAGUAAAACCAACACCAGUAGUUGUCCAACCACCAGAACAAGCAGUUCCAGUAACCAGCGAAAUUUCUGGAAACACAGAAACAACGAGCACCACGCAAAUCCAAAGAACCAUCUGGACGAAUGCUGAUGCCCAAGCUAACUUCACGGAAUCAUAAGACUAUAAUGUUAUUCAUCUAUCAUAUAUUAAAUAUCUAACCAUAUUACAAUAGUUUUAAGCCAGGUCCAGCCUUGGCAUUGCUACAGUAAAGAAAAUUAUCUAAAAUAAGUAAGGAGUAGGUCAUUAUUUAUGGGAUACCGAAGAGAAAUGUUUCUUUGGUAAAUGUUUUGCUGAUCCAAACAUUAAAAAGUGAAAAAAAAAUUUUACCCAACCUCAAAUAUCAAAACCUCAAACACAUAUGUCCUUUACCACUUCUGUGACACGAGUUUGAUAACUACUUGGGCAAUUUUCUGCAGUCUAAAGUUUCAUGUUGUCUGCACAUGUAUACUCUCUUUGGAGACACCAUUUGCCUCCUGACAAAUCGGAAAAUGAUCAAGAUAAUGACUCUGAUGAUUGAUUUACAUAACGUAUUGACAUAUGACUGUUGACAUUGCUCUUUGUCUUCAAUAUUUGACUGGGUCAUGCUUUGGAAGUGGCAAUAACUUUUACUAGCCAACCCUCGAGUUGUUUUGUUUUUCAUUUACCCAACCUUUUACUCACGCAAAAUUUUGUUUACCCAACCCUUCUCGCCAUAAAUUAAAUAAUGACCAGUCCCUAAGCAGUAAUAUUUACAUUUGUUUCUUCAAUAAAAGUAUUACAUCUAGAACUAGAAUUUACUUUUCUUGAUUUCCAAGUUAUUCAGGGUUUUUACUAACUAUUUUUAUCAAAUAUUCAUUUAAGAACUAAACUAUAAACCCUUGUAAACUAAGUUUAAUUAAUCUUUUGUCUGCUAAGGUCGUACUUGGUGCUCGGCUAUUUUACUCGGGAUAAAAUCCCGCUUUCUGGUCUUUGCACGAAGCGUUUGCCGCGCGCUGCAGCGAGUUACUUGCAACUGAUGAAAAAGAACACCUCAUUUGAUGAGAAAGUAAGAAACGAGUUCUUUUUAAUGGCUACAAGCGCUCACAACAAGUUUCGUAAUAAGUGCAUGGUAUUUAAAGGGAUAUAGCAACACACAUUUAGUUUGUCUCAUUUCAAAUUAAGGGGAAAACAUUUUUACAGCUUCAAAUAAACCAGCGAGCUUUCCGCCAUCUUGGAUUGUUGUGGAUAUUUAAUAAUAUUUUACCUAGAUAUGCAAUGGUCAUUAUAAACCCAAAAUUAUAUUUGGGUCACUAUGUCGAAUAACAAUUUAACUGACAACUUUUUAAGAAUCUGAAAGCGAAUGAGAUAAAAAAAAUAAAUCCAAGAUGGCAGAUUGUUUUCAGGCAAAAUAUUUCAGAAGCUCAGCAUGAAGGUAUGAAAAAUCGGUGAAGGAAUUUUAAAUAUAAUUCUAAAAUUUCUAUCAAAUGAGACAAUAUCCCUUUAACGAAACCAGUACAAAGGAAUGAUAAUUAUGAGCCCCACAUCCUAUCAUUUCUAAAACGAUAAAAAUAAUACUGUGUCGUGUCGGGCCGACUCUAAAUUACAUACAUUAGAUUUGACAUUCCAGUAAUUCCAGUGCUAUAGCUACACUAGACCAAAAGGAACAGACCAAAAGGAACAGUUCACUUUUUCAAUUCUUCCUUGACAUCGCAUUUUGGCUUUUUCAGUUUUUCCUUGAUAUCGGCUCUUGCUUUUUGUUGGUCAGUGCUGAAUUUCCGCAAGCUUUUCUUGAAGGCAAUUCGAAAAUCUUUUUUGAAGAAAGUGUAUAAUAUUGGGUUGACGAAGGACACGGAAAACCUCAGAAUAUCAAAGCAAUCCAGGACAACUGAGGGGAUAUAAAUACUGUAUGUAAAGUCAAGUACCAAUAUGUACCAUGAUAUCCAGCUCAAUGCAAACACCGAGAUCAUAGUAACGAACACCAGAAGUACACGAUGUUCCUGUUUGAUCCUUGACUGUCCCCAACGGUCUUCGUUGCUCCCCUGUCUGCGCAUGCGUAGUUUGGAUGCCGCUGUCUCGCAGGCAUCGAAGAGUCGUUCGGAGAAAGACGUUCUCUCCCGAGAAGUGAUGACGCUAUCACUCUGGUAUUUCUCCAGAGGCCUCGCGCUUUUCAUUUUAUCGAUGGCCUGAGUCGAGUUUGAUAGCCACCUAGUUGACAUAAACCUGUGACUUGAGCUCAGAAACCGGUCAAACGAACCAUGAUGCUUUGCAUAGCGAGUUGCCUCGUUGAGCGGUAAGCUUAGGUAAGAGGACUGAGGCUGGUUUUGCGCAUGAGCAGAAGUGUUCUCAGGGCAUGAAAUUUGACAACAAACCGGACGGUGUAUUUCGGUCAUGGGAAGCCGAGUGGGAGAUUGGGGAGGAGAAAGGGCAAUGGUACUUUGAACACGUGAUUCAGAAUGCGUUACCAUGGUUUCCACCCGAACUGGAGAUUGGGAAUUGCCAUGUACGGUGAGAUGGUCUCCAUAGGAACCGUGACUUCGACUCCGAUUGCGUGUAACAACGGGGGACUGGGGCAAGCUGCUGCUCUGUCCACGUGACUGAUGGCGAUCGCAAUACAAACCGACGGUGACGCUACGUGGUCUCGUAACUCGAAUUUCAAUAGGACUGCGCGGAGCAGACGAUUGAAAACGCUCGCAACUCUUUAAAUACAUCUGGGCUUUUGAUGCCAAUUUUCGCGCCCUUGAAAUGGCGCGAAACAUCUUCGUAUACAACACGGUCAUUAUGACCAGCGGUAGAAGAAAAAACGCGACAAAAGAGAAAAUGAAGUAGGCCCUUUCAAAUUGCCUCUCUCGCAUCGGAAUGUCUUCGUCUCCGGCGGGUACCGACAUGAGCCACGAGUACGACACGAGAGCUGACGAGACAGAGGUCGCCCAUGUACAGGUGAUGAGAAUGGAUGUGCGAGCUUUUGUGAGGAUAAACUGGUACUUUAUAGGAUAUAUUAUCCCGAAGUACCUCUCGACUGUGAUCAAUAGUAUGUUCAACAUGGUGGAUAUGGCUACAAACCUGAAACAAAUAGCCUGAGCCAGGAUCAAUAUUUCUGAAGGAGGAUAAUAACAGUUCGAUGCUAUAUGAAGCGGUAUGGAUACGGAGCCGUUCAAUAAGUCAGAUACACUAAGACUUAUUAGAAAUGCAUUGCGUUUUGUCUGAAGGCUUUUAUUCGUAGCCAUGGUGUAGAUGACGUCAAAAUUGAUACAGAUGAUAAAGAAACUGAUGACAACUAAUAAUGAAUAGUAAGCACGUUCUUUGGAAAAACAAGUUUCAUCGUCGAUAAUUUCUGUCUCGUUCGACAUGUUGUCACAGAAAUACGAGCUUUC